AUGGCAUUGUCAAGUAGGUGGAAAAUUCUCAAUAAAGAGUUGGCAAAAUGGAGAGAUGCCUUGGCAAAAGCGAUGGACAACCAUAGAAGCAGGGAAAAUCUUAGUAACGAGAUGAUUCAAGCACAGAUGUGGUUUGGUGCAAUUGGGCAAGGCCAGAAAAUGUUUCAACCAUCAUGA